AUGAAGAGACAGGAAAACCAACCAGCCAGACCAACUGCAGGCUGCCUGUCUGUGCCGCUCUUUAACCAGAAGAAAAGAGCCAGAGUUCCUUUGACAGCUGCUCCAUCUGAGAAUGAAUUCUUCUCCCACAAUGAUUACAUAGCAAGCACCAGCUUAGCUACAGCUCACAGCGCAUCAGGUCCCUAUGGAUGUUACCAGGCCUCAGGUCCAUCCUCUGGUGCCUCACAAAGCCACCUGUGGAACAGACAGGACUUCCCACCACCUACUCCACCCCAGCAAUGUGGCAGCAACAGACCUGCUCCAGGUCCAGGCCCUGCAAUGAGAAACUAUGCACCCAUAUCACAUCCAUACAAGGCUGGAGGCAUAAGCUCUAAGAUGGGACAGGCCAGUAAACCAGUGAGACAACAGGAAUCCAGCCCCAGUGUUAACUCUAGCCAGAGUCAAUAUCAAGCCCUCCGCAUCAGUGAGGGUGCACAAAGCAAGCCAACACCCCAUACUGGGUUGUCUCAGAUGGAUCAGCAGUCAUUUUACAGACCGGCCAAUCCCACACAUCAGUAUUUCCAGCAGUCCGGACCUCUACCUGCUCCUGUCCCAGCACCCAGCAGGCCCUCUGCUCAUGCAGUGUGCCCACAAAACAACUCUUGGAAGUUUACCAAAAGCUUUGAGAAACCCCCCUUUGAGAGAAACAGGAGCACAAAUCAACCUCAGACUGCGCGACAAACUCAAACUCAGGCAACAUUUCCAAUGAAACCAGGUGUUGAGAACUCACUGAGGAUCCUGACUGCAGUUAUUGAUGGCAUGAGACACUGGAGCCAGUUUAAAGACAAAGUCCCAUACUUAUUUGAGAUAUUUGCUACUCUAGACUCUGCAGUCACACUAGGUCACUACAGAGCCAAAAACUUCCUCAUGAGAGACGGGAAGGAGGUUGUGCAGUGUGUCUUCUAUGAAAAUGAGCAGGAACUGCCCCGUCUCAUCCGUGGCCAAGUUCAUCGCUGUGUGGGAAACUAUGACCGCAGUAGAGAUGUCCUGAUGUGUGUGUCCGUCAGACCCGGCCUGCCCUCAGAGCUGAGGAAUGCACAGGAGGCUGUCAAAGCCUGCGAUGCAGAAAUGAGGGCGCUGGUCAAAUCAUUCAGUGAAGUCUGA